CGCGACACGUCCAUUCACACCUGCGGCUCAUCUCCCUGCAAGGCCCAGAGACGACAUAAAUGUGCGUGCAGCGCUAGUUCUGGCUCAAUAUGCGAUUUCAAUCUCCUGAAGUCCCGUUCCUGACCCAUAUACUCCCUUCAGAUGCCAGGCCUAGCUGUGCUCUCCGAAGGAUGGGGACCGUCAUCGUCGGGCGAGGCAUCUGCGCACUACGGUAUACACUGUGAUGGCUGCAGGACCAAUCCCAUCGUCGGUGUUCGUUACAAGUGCUCUACAUGCGACGACUUCGACUACUGUUCGUCGUGCAUGAUCAUGUUUCGAGGAGCACACAAUCCGCACCACGUCUUCAAGUCCAUAGAAGCACCUGGCAGUAUGGACGGCUUUGGACGCAGUACAUCAUUGCGCUCCAGUGAAACCACGUGCGACGGGUGCAGCAGGCGCAUCGUCGGUCCCUUCCACAAGUGUCUGGACUGUCCAAGCUUCAGCUAUUGCGGACCCUGUGCCAACAGCUCACAAAAGCGAAAGUUGCACAAUCCUCAGCAUUCAUUCUUCCCUGUUCAGUCUCGAAUGGACAUGUCAACGUUCCUCGGAGUCCAGGCAGCUCGGAGACGUGUCGAGCAUUUUGGCGUGACGUGCGAUGGCUGCAGGCAACGUAUCCACGGCGUCCGUCAUAAAUGCCUCCACUGUACCGACUUCGACUUUUGCGACAAGUGUCUCUCUAAUUCAGUGGUACGUGAGCAGCACGGCUUCCACCACCAGUUUUACCCCGUCGACUCACCCGGCGACCUCACCGGAUACGACCGCGUGCGCUCGACCUUACCCCACACACCUGCCGCCAACGUGCAUCGCGCAUUCUGUGACGGCUGCGAAAACCGCAUUGUUGGGACGAGACACAAAUGUCUCGUGUGCAGAGACUUUGACUUCUGCGACGCUUGCGUCGCGAACCCCGCCCUGCGUACCCUCCACGACGUCACCCACGCGCUCUUCCCCAUUGUCGCCGCUAGCGACACAGAAGCUUACGAUUCCGCCCGCAGACGGUCUGGCGGGGAUCCUGUUCACGCCUACGAUGCACCUCCGCCCUAUAUUCCCCCUACCCCUGUCGAGAAUCCGUAAUCCCGAGCCCCGAUAUCUCAAAGCUGCCUUGUUCUCCUUCCACAGCCCUAACUUGUAUUCACUAGCUGUUUGUAUAAAACCGGACUUUCGAUUUAAACUUUCGUUCCUAGCUUUUCGAGUGCAUACCCGUUCAAACUGUAUCUCAAUCUCAUCAUGCUUCUAGCCCGACAGAACAUCCAUCGCGCAGCCUGUA